UUAACAGUUACACCUGAUCAGGCCGCGAUCCAGAACGCAGCCCAUGGCCUUGAAGAUCGAAUAUACUCUUAGGGAGGCGACUGAAGAUGACAAAAAGACGCUGACUAUAAUCGAACUCGAUGCCGUUGCUCUCUUCAAGACAAUUCCAGAACUCGCUGAUCUCGGCGAAAGCCAUGCUUCGCCAGACCAACUUUCAACCUGGCUUUCCAAUGGCCGGAUCUACAUCGCAGAAGACAAUGGCAAGGCAGUGGGUUUUGUCGCCGCCGUCACCAUGGACACCACCCUAUACAUCGCCGAGAUAUCAACUAUUCGAGAAUACCAAGGAAAGGGUGUGGGACUAACUUUGAUCGCGGCUGUGCUUGACUGGGCGCGGGAAUUGUCAGCCGCAACUGGACGCAAACCACGGGUUUCGUUGACCACAUACCGUGAGAUUACGUGGAAUGCGCCCUACUAUCGCAAACGCGGGUUCAGAGAAGUGGAAGCAGAGACACUUGGCCCGAAGCACGUGGAAAAGAUGAACCACGAUCAGGGAGAAAGGAAUCUGGUACGGCCAGGUUAUACUAGGUGUUGUAUGCUUUGGGAGGAACAGUGAUGGAUACGAAAUUGCUGUUCCACGUACGAUCCUAUCGGCCCAAAAAAAAAAGCGGGAUAUCGUUUGGAUUAGAAAGCUGGGCUUACGCCAUGCUGGAGCGUAGGAUCACUAUAUCGUUCAUCAAUACCUCAGCGUUUGCA